AUGCUUCCGUGCACGCAGAAGAUUGCGGAGCUCCCUUUCCACCCCAAGGGAAUCAUUUUGUCUGGAUCUCCUUACUCUGUUUACGAUGCGGAUGCGCCCCAUGUGGACCCCGCUGUGUUCGACUUGGGUGUCCCCAUUCUCGGAGUCUGUUAUGGUCUCCAGGAGAUCGCCUGGAACCACGGACGUGACGUGUGCGCUGGUGAUCGCAAGGAGUACGGUCAUUCCAUCCUGACCGUCACUCGCCACACCUCCGCCGCUCCCCACGUUGAUGUUCUUUUCGAGGGUAUCGACGAGAAUCUAGAUGUGUGGAUGUCCCACGGUGACAAGCUCGGCGCCCUUCCCGCUGACUUCCUCACCAUUGCUACCACUGCCAAUGCUCCCUUCGCCGGCAUUGCGCACUCGCAGAAGCCCAUGUACGGAAUCCAGUUCCACCCCGAGGUGACUCACACCCCCAAGGGCAAGGAGCUCUUCGCGAACUUCGCCAUCAAGCUGUGCAAGGCCCGUCAGAAUUGGACCAUGGACAGAUUCGUCGAGACUGAGAUCGAGCGCAUUCGUGCGGUUGUCGGUGAGAAGGGCCAGGUCAUUGGUGCCGUCUCCGGUGGUGUCGACUCUACCGUCGCAGCCAAGCUCAUGCAGAAGGCCAUCGGAUCGCGUUUCCACGCUAUUCUGGUCGACAACGGUGUCAUGCGUCUGAACGAGUGCGAGAUCGUUCACGAGACUCUGACCAAGCACCUCGGCAUCAAUCUGACUGUCGUUGAUGCCAGCGAGGAGUUCUUGACCAAGCUCAAGGGUGUCGACGACCCUGAGAAGAAGCGCAAGAUCAUCGGUAACACCUUCAUCGAGGUCUUCCAGCGUGAGGCCGAGCGUGUCAUGAAGGAGUCCGGUGGUGAUGUCGAUUACCUGCUCCAGGGAACCCUCUACCCCGAUGUCAUCGAGAGUAUCUCCUUCAAGGGUCCCAGUGCCACCAUCAAGACUCACCACAAUGUCGGUGGACUGCUUGAGAACAUGAGACUCAAGCUGAUCGAGCCUCUCCGUGAGCUCUUCAAGGACGAGGUCCGCAUCAUGGGCACCAACCUUGGCAUUCCUGAGGAGCUUGUCUGGCGCCACCCCUUCCCCGGGCCCGGUAUCGCCAUCCGCAUCUGCGGCGAGGUCACCCCCGAUCAGAUCCGCAUUGCCCGUCAUGCGGACCACAUCUUCAUUUCCGAGAUCAAGGAGGCUGGUCUCUACCGCGAGAUCUCUCAGGCAUACGCUGCGCUGCUGCCUGUCCGCGCCGUCGGUGUCAUGGGUGACAAGAGAGUGUACGAUCAAGUUAUCGCACUCCGCGCUGUCACUACCACCGACUACAUGACCGCCGACUGGUUCGACUUCGACGGGAAAUUCCUGCGCAAGGUGUCGACUAGGAUUGUGAACGAAGUUGAUGGUGUCUGCAGAGUGCUUUACGAUGUUACUCAGAAGCCUCCUGGAACCAUUGAGUUCCAAUAG